GUACUAGUACCUACUCGGUCCCUCCAAAAUACGUAAGUACUGUACUGAUUGGAUCCCUUUCUGCCCUCAUUUCCUCUCAAACUCCCGACAUUCCCACCGUGGUUUAUACCAUAGAUAACAUUGUAUGUCAGAUUGAAUACAUGUACGAUGAGCGACACUACUAGCAACGGCAACACCAACGGCAAGGCAAGCAGUACAUGUAAAAGAGGAGCUGCCUUUCACGUGGUGGGUGAUGCGUUUGUGGAUUUGUUUUCGUUUCUGGACGGCGACUGGCCAGAGAAAGGGGGAGAUGCCAAGCUGAAUCGACCGAUUGCGACAUUUGCGGGUGGGUCGUCGACCAAUACCGCGACGCACUUGAAUUCCUUGCUCGGUUACUUUGAUGACACCAACCAAUCGUCCAUGCUAUUGCACACGACACUCAAUCCCGACGAUCACUACGGGAGUAUCUUGUUGAAUCACGCCCAGAAGCAUGGCUUUUCACUGGUCAACUGCAAACGACCCGACGACACUGCCGCCACGGCACACUGUGUGGCCAUUGUGGCCGGCCAAGAACGAUCCUUCAUGUCCUAUCGAGGAUGUCUCGACAAUUUUCACGCCUCCCAUUUAGACAGUGACUCCAUCAUUGACUCUCCCAGUCAUGUCCACAUUAACAUUGCGGGAUAUUACAAUCUCAAUGGAUUCCAAAAUGGUCUCAUGGCCCAGGAAUUACAGCGCAUUCGAAAAGCGCGAGCCCAAAAAUUCCCACACUGUGCCACCGUGGUCUCGUUGGUGCCACAGCAUGACGCCACCAAACAAUGGGACGGAGGAAUCGAUCAAUUGGCACAAUCUUGUCUUGAUUUCUUUAUCAUGAACGAACUAGAAGCCAAGUACAUUAUGGAACAAGGACUCUUACGAAGAGGGAAACAGCCUCCACAGGAAGCCAACUCGGACGACCUGUUACAAAAUUGUGCCGCCUAUUUUGGAGAAUUGUGUCCUCGAGCGUGUAUUGUGCUCACCAGAGGGCCCGCCGGAGCGGUCGCAUUACUCAAGGGAGACAUUUAUACGCAACAGUCCACUGUCAAAGUCACUCCUAUAGAUCCCACCGGUGCGGGAGAUUCCUUCACGGCAGGAUUCCUUUACGGGCUCUGGGAUUGGAAACGACCGCACAAUGGCGACAUGCAAUUCAACAACGCCGACAAUACAUUUCCAUGGCCGACGCAAGCCAUACAACACGCUCUCAAAUGGGGUUGUGCCAUGGGGACUUCCGCCGUCCUGGUCAGGGGGGCCAGUAUUCCUUCCUCAAAGGAAACAGUGCAACGGUUUUAUUCCGAGAUUGAACAGCUCAAGGAGGAAUGAGAGGAAGAAUCAUAUUAUGGUACAGUACAAGGAGCAGUCCAUUAUGGCAGAUUGGUUCGAAUUUCGGCGUCAAUACUGUACACUGUAUCUAUAGCUAGUCACCUGGUGGCUUCUUUAUAAAAUAAAACCCAGGUUGUUUUUGU